AUGAGUGACGAACAUAUCUUGCGUCUUAUUGCAAACUCAUUUUCUUUAAAAGAACGCGUUUUUGAAAAGUACGAGAUUUUGAUACAUCAACUUGAAAAUGCACGUAGUUUUUGGUCCGAGUGUUAUCGAGUGAUUCUGAAGCCAAAAACAAACGAAAUAAUAGAAGAAAUACCAAACCGAGUGUUUAUAAAGAUUCCAAAAAUUUCAACAACAAAUAGUACACUGGAUCAAGAUAAUGAUGAAGAAAACGAAAAGCUGCUCAAAAAAAUGUGUGAGCGCGAGUACGCUUUCAACCGUGAUUUCCGGCAUGUUCAGUUCAACGAAUUCAAAAUUCCAAAGAACUUUUAUGUCGAAGAUUAUGAAUUUGAUAAAGGCGGAAUCGUUUUUGAAGAUCUCAGCGGUAUAACUUACACUAUUGAUUAUAUUCCCGGAUUUACGGAAGAACAGUUACUCAAACUUCUCAAUUCUCUCGCCGGAUUCCAUCACACAACGCUUUCAAUGACUGAUCGAAUAAAGUGGGAAAAUUAUAAAAAUGAUCUCUAUGAUGGCGACUAUAUGGAAAUGAUGUUCAAUGAUACAUCUGAUAUUGAAAACUUGCGACCAGAGCUUUUCAAGGGAAAAAUUAAUAAGGUCAAAUGGAUAUUUUCGCGUGACAGUGUCGAACGUUCACUGAAAAUCGAUAAAGCUAUUGGAAUGCCCAUCGUGUUAGUACAUAACGAUUUGAAUGCAAGCAACAUUUUGUGGAAUGUACAAUCGAACGAAAUUGAAGCUAUUAUCGAUUUUCAACAUCUUGCUAAAGGAUCUAUUGCCACUGAUCUUUGCCGGAUUUUAACCUUAGGUUUGAGUGUUGAAAAUCGAAGAAACAACACCGAAAAAUAUUUGAAGUUCUACUACGACGCACUAUCAAAAUUCCGGAAUGCUCCGUUCACAUUCGAAAAUUUGAAAACUGCUUAUCAGAUGCAGUUUCCUCUAGCAAAUGCGACAACUCUUUUUGGGAUGUAUUAUUACUACAAAAUGUAUAAAGAGGACACCAUCACCAUAAACGGAGAGCGCGAAAUGGCCGCUGAAGAGAUUUUGCGAAGAGCUCUGGCAAUAAUUGAAGAAAUUGAAAACAUGGAACAUUAA